UACUUUAACGGUUGUGCGACCAACCACCGAAGAAGACGUUUGGCUCAGUAAACUGCUGUCUCUCUUCCAGCAUCAUCAUCACUUCUCUUCAGACAUAAAGCUCCACAAACCUCCUUCUAUUGUCAUCUGUCUGACCGGAACCUAACAUCUGAUAGCAGCAUGUCUGACAAGAGCGAGCUGAAGGCUGAACUGGAGAGGAAGAAACAACGGAUCGCCCAGAUUCGAGAGGAGAAGAAGAGAAAAGAAGAGGAGAAGAAAAAGAAGGAUGGAGACUCAAAGCGUGGAGGUGAGGCGGGCGGUGGGUCCUCAGGUGGUCAUGAAGACUCUGACCUGGACAGGAAGAGGAGGGAGGCGGAGAUGCUGCUGCAGAGUGUCGGCAUCACCCCUGACAUAUCCCACGCUCAGCCCCUGAGGGUAGUAACAGAAGAUACGUGUCUGUUUCACUACCUAGUCCCCGCCCCCAUGUCUCCCUCCAACAAAUCAGUGGGCAGCGAUGCAGGAAGCCAAGAUUCUGGGGACGGAAACGCAGGACCAAGGACAUUGCAUUGGGAUCCUGACCCUUCUACUCUGCAACUCCACUCCGACUCUGAGAUGAUGGGACGUGGAGCUGUGAGGCUGGGCAUGUCCAAAGUGACCCAGGUGGACUUUCUCCCAAAGGAAAUGGUUUCCUACUGCAAAGAAACACAGACACCCACCGAGGCACUGACACACGCUGAUCAAAAAGCAGAUGAGGAAGAGGAUGAGGAGGUAACUGCUCUCCCAACAGCAGAGGAUGGCCAGGAGGACAAAGAUGAACAUGGCGAACAGCAGGACGAGGACACUCCCAAAGAGCUAACGGAAGAAGAGAAGCUGCAGGUCCUGCACUCCGAGGAAUUCCUGUCGUUUUUCGAGCGAGGCAGCAGGAUCGUGGAGAGAGCUCUGGCUGAGCACGUGGACGUCUGCUUCGACUACAGCGGCAGAGAUCUAGAGGAUAAAGAAGGUGACUUGCAGGCAGGUGCAAAGCUGGUUCUGAACAGACAGUUUGCAGAUGAGCGCUGGACUAAAAACAGAGUGGUCACCUGUCUGGACUGGUCAACUCAGUAUCCAGAGCUGCUGGUGGCCUCGUAUAACAACAACGAGGAUGCUCCCCAUGAGCCUGAUGGAGUGGCACUGGUCUGGAACCUGAAGUAUAAAAAAGACACACCUGAGUACAUCUUCCACUGCCAGUCGGAGGUGAUGUCAGCCGGGUUUGCAAAGUUCCACCCCAACCUGGUGGUGGGCGGGACGUACUCCGGACAGAUCGUCUUAUGGGACAACAGGAGCAACAAGCGAACCCCUGUUCAGAGAACUCCCCUGUCUGCAGCUGCACACACACACCCUGUCUACUGUGUGAACGUGGUGGGAACCCAAAACGCUAACAACCUGAUCAGCAUUUCCACUGAUGGCAAAAUGUGCUCCUGGAGCCUCGACAUGCUCUCCCAGCCACAGGACAGUCUGGAGCUGGCAUUCAAACAGAGCAAAGCCGUGGCUGUCACCUCUAUGGCCUUUCCUCUGGGCGACGUGAACAACUUUGUGGUGGGGAGCGAGGACGGCUCCGUCUACACGGCCUGUCGCCACGGGAGUAAGGCGGGUAUCACUGAGGUGUUUGAGGGCCAUCAUGGUCCGGUGACCGGGCUGAGCUGCCACAGUGCUGGAGGACCCGUCGACUUCUCUCACCUCUUCAUCUCCUCCUCUUUUGACUGGACCGUCAAACUCUGGAGCACUAAGAGUACCCGUCCGUUGUACUCGUUCGAGGACAGUUGUGACUACGUCUAUGAUGCCAUGUGGUCUCCAGCACACCCUGCUCUGUUUGCUUGCGUGGACCUGGCUGGGCGCCUGGACCUGUGGAACCUCAACAAUGAUACAGAAGUUCCCACCGCCAGUGUGUGUGUGGAGGGCGCUCCAGCACUGAACCGUGUGAGAUGGGCUCACUCUGGUAAGGAGAUCGCCACCGGGGACUCGGAGGGACAGGUGCAGGUCUACGACGUAGGGGAGCAAAUCUGCGUGCCCAAGGCCGAUGAGUGGACGCGCUUCGUCAGGACGCUGGCUGAGAUCAAUGAGAACCGAGACGAAGCCGAGGAACUGGCCAACGUCUGAUGUUACGAACCCCACACUGACAACUGCUCAUAACUUUCUCUCCAGUACACUACACCACCUACAGCACACUACACAACACUGCCAGAGGAGCUGCGCUCUCCUCUCUCUGGCUUCCAGCUUUUUCCACCUACUACUACAUGAAUUGGCCUGAGGAGAUUUGCAGAGCUGGAAUGGAUAGAAAAGACAAGUUUUAGAUGUGUUUUUAAAUGUGUCUUUGAGAGUUUUAGAGUUCGUAGGGACGACGAAUGUCACGUGUAGCAGUAGUAGUGCAGAAACCACAGUGAAGUGGUUGAAAGUUGAACUGACAGAGGAAUACAGGGAAGUGAUUUUCAGCAUAGAUUGUGUGACUUCUAGCUUUGAGAACAUCCUCAGGGCUCCAGAAAACUGCUCUUCUCCUGAGGCCUCAACCAACUCAGCCCUUUUUUAAAUAUGCAAACCUUUGUACUUGCACCUUUUUAUUACCAUUUGAGUGUUUUUACAUGUUUUAAUAUUUUCCAGACACGCUUGUGCACACGGCUGGCAAAGAAAAAGCUGACAUAUCACUAUCAGAUCCUCUUUAUCCUCAGCAGCACUUGAAUUUGAUGACUAAAACAGGCUAAUGUGCUUACAUGCACACUGCGGCCUGUGCAGAAGUGUGUCAUUCUUACAUUUCAACCACUACAAUAUUUAAUAUUUAUUCUGGUGGUUGCACUUAUUUAAAUAUUUUUGUGUAUUGUUUCAAAAAAAUGCUGCUUUGUACUAAAAGCUUGAGAAGUACAUUCCUAAGAUUAGCAUUACAAGCUUUUUAACCAGGCAAAAUCUGUUACUACACUUGCCUUGAAUUUAUUGACACUAGUACAGUUUAUAAGUGAUUUCUGUACCAAAGGUUAUUGUUUUAUACUCUGUACCUGUGUAAUGAGUAGUAGAAGCAGUUUCCUGACUUGUCCUCUUUAUGAGGAUCUAAACAAACCAUAGUAAGUUGUAAAUGGAGGUGUAAAGCUGAGGUUGGAAACUAGUUUUACCACAGAACAUUAAUAGAUUUUCAUUAUUUUCCUUUUCCAUCCAAUGUUCAAUUCCUUCCAGGAUGCAGCAGUCCAACCUCAGCAGGCUAGUGAUAGAUUUCAGCUUCAAACGCUUUCUCUUUAAUGUUUAAAAUGAGCUAAAGAUGCACUGUAGCAACCAUAUUUGAUAUAACAUGAACAAGAUCAGUAUUCUGCAUAGCCUAAUUGUACUGUAUUCUUUCCUGCUACUGUUCCUGAUACAGUUAAUGGUUGCACUUUCCAUUGGAAUAAAAACUCAAGACAUAUUGGUAAAAUUAAAA